CAUUUUUCUAACUCUUCAGUUCUUGGAGUGACCCAUCUUUCAUUUAUUUUUUUCGUAUACCAAAGCUAAAAAUAAUUUGAAAUGGGAUUUAUACAUAAAUAUGAACUAUUUGCACCUUUUGUAAUUACUACUACAUGUAUAUACAGUCAAUAUCACCAGUUAGUCUGUGAGAUCGGACCUACUCCUAUCGGUCAUGAUGUAUUUCUAGUUGUGGAAAUUGUAGAGUACAUUUACUGUACAGCUACUUCAUUUAAUGUACAACUAUUGUACAGUUCUUAAUUGUUUUACAGCUGGUUCAUAUGAAAUUACUGUUCGUUCAUUCAGUUACUGUACAUUUAAUCAUUUAUGUACAGCAUGUUCUGUAACUGAACAGUUCAAACACGAUGUACAGCACGUUCAUCAUUUGAACAUUCAUUUACUGCGCAGCUGUACAGUACGUCCAUCAAUUGUGCAUUCAUUUACUCUGCAGCUGUGCAGUACGUUCAUCAAUUGUUCGUUCAUUUAUUGCGCAGCUAUGCAGUACGUUCAUCAAUUGUGCAUUCAUUUACUUUGCAGCUGUACAGCACGUUCAUCAAUUGUGCAUUCAUUUUUUGCAGCUGUGCAGCACGUUCAUCAUUUGAACAUUCAUUUACUGCGCAGUUGUGCAGUACGUUUAUCAAUAAUUGUGGAUUCAUUUAUUGCGCAGCUGUGCAAUACGUUAAUCAAUUGUGCAUUCAUUUACUUUGAAGUUGUGCAUUACGUUCAUCAGUUCAUUCAUUUAUUGCGCAGCUGUACAGCACGCUCACUUUGUGUACAUGACGUUCAGUUUAUUGUACAACACUCUAAUUUAUUGUACAGCAUAUUCAUUAAUGUACACAAUGUCUAUUUACUGCAAAGCACAUUGUAUAGGCUACUGCUUAGAAUCCCCAUGUACUGUCAGACUGUAAACCAAUGUUUGUCGUGACGUUCGAAUGGACGUAUUCAUAGUUUUCUUAGGUGCGUAGGUCGUUUUGGAGCACUCUUGUGAGGAAUUACUCGAUCACUUGGAAACUGAAGGAUUGCAAGUAAAAGCUGUUUUUCAUAAAGGUCACAGUUUAGUAUAUUAUCC